AUGGGGAACGUAUCGCCCACGCCCCACCAACUGCUGGUAGAAGCCGCGAUCUUUUGGAGUAUUGGGACGGUUCUCUACAUUGGCCGAAUCGCCUCCCGGUUAAUGUUAAAUGUAUCAAUCCAGGGGAUAUCAUGGGACGAUUAUGUGAUGACCGCAACAUUUUUAAUGUAUACAGCCUUGCUGGUGUUGAUUCAAAUCUCCGCAAAAUACGCGACAAACCUAAUGGACCCGAGCGAGUACGAGGAGGUACUCUCUGACCCCCAUCAAGUUCACGACCGCAUCCUCGGAAGCAAAAUUGUUAUUGCGCUGGAACAGUUCUGUCUGUUGAUACUCUACUGGCGGAUUACCAAAAACCUGGCCUCGAACCUUUAUGUCAAGAUUCUCGCAGCUUAUGUGGCGCUUGGUUUUGUCGUAAUUAUGGUUACUUACUACGCCGUGUACUGCCGACCCUUCUCACAAUAUUGGGCGUUGCCAGUGUCGAAUUUGCAGUGCGCCACCUACCAACACUAUUCCAUCACCCAGGCGGUUUUCAAUAUUUCAUCAGACGCCUUCAUGUUUGCCAUUCCGAUACCGCUUAUCGUCCACGCGAAGCUUCCACUACACCGGAAGAUGCUGUUACUCUGCGUGAUGAGUCUGGGUUUGUUCACCAUCAUUGCCGCCAUCCUGAAUAAAUACUUCAACUUUGCCUCCCCCUUGACCACUGUGUACCAGAUCUGGUAUAUACGCGAGGCUAGCACUGCUAUCUUUGUCGCCAAUAUGAUGUGCUGGUGGCCGCUCCUUCGGAAGCUGUUCGGUGCUAGAGCCUUCCAGUACCACAGUACCCCUGGACGGCCAUCCCGGAGCACCAACAACAAAGAAAACAAUCCCUACUCGAAGACCGUUAGCUCGCAGUCCCGCGCAUCGUUCUCGUUAACCCGCCCUUUUCAUUUCUCUCGACCCGGUUUCCGCAGCUCGGCAAAGGAUACUACGCUCACUGGACACAGCAAUGCGGGAAACACUAGUCGGGAAGCGAUAAAUAUGCCCACGGGUGGGAUCAUGGAGGAUCCGGAACGCGUGGAUGAUGUUCCACUCCAGGUUUGGGGCAAGGGUAACGAACGAGGCACCGAUGUUGAAAACCUCGCGACCCAGAAGUCCAUCGCAAAGUUUGAACAACGGGAUCAGGGCGCAGAGGUUCCUCUUGGGGAUCGCAUUUACUGUACUCGCGAGUUUGACAUCCGCUCUGACUCCAGGAGCGGACACCCGCCUACAUGA